AUGAAAUUGGUUCUGUACCUUGCCAUUAUUGUCGGCGCAUGUGGAGAGAAUCUGCACAACAACAAGAAUUUAGUUUGUCAGCUAGUGAUUGAGCAGUUGGACUGUAGCCAUUAUGAAGCCAAGACUAUCUGUGCUAACCACGAGUAUGAAUUCGACACAGAAUGUGAAUUUGCGAAAGCCCACUGUCGUAAUCAACAGCUGAAAAUCACAAGGGAAGGUCCUUGCAACAUUAUAUAUUUUACGGACACCACCAAAAACCCAGUUGUCACAACUUCAGCUCCGAAGACGUGUGACAACAUGUUGGCGUCCACUGUCUGUAAUGACAUUAAAAACGAACUGUGUGGGUCUGACCACAAGACGUACAAUAACUACUGUAAAUUCGAUAAAGCCAGGUGCAGUAUGUUACCACAGGUUAUACACAUUGUUCACCACGGCCCCUGUAAACCAGAUGUUGCCAGCACUACUGUUGCUCCAAGCACUGCAUUGCCGUCGGCGUAUGAAAUCAUAUGCAGGGCUAUCAGCAAGGUAACCUGCCCGACAGCACCAGACGAACUGUGUGGAAGUGACGGCCACACAUACCAUACACCGUGUGAAUUUGAGAAGGCCAAAUGUCAACAAAACAGUCUUACAGUUUCCAAGAAUGGACGUUGUUAAUCAGUUUACUGGUGACGACGGAGACUGGAAAUACGCUUUACAUCAACUUUAUUUGGUCAUAUUCUGUGAUACAUUUGCUUUUUGUGUCAAUAAAACGCGCAAUAUUUCGAAUUGUUU